GGAACGCCAUUUUCAUCUCUUUGCCCUAAAAAUUUCAUCCUCCAAAUUCGGCACCUCAAUCACACGAUGUCUUACCACGAUAUCAACUCCUUAUCCACGAACUCUUCUGCCCACGAUUCCAGUAACAUGAUUUCACGGUUUUAUCAAAUUAGUUCUACUUUUACAGUAUAUAGUUCUUUUCUUUCUCCAUCGGGUGCAUAUCAAACAAUAAUUUUAUACUACAAGAGGUGAUUGGAUAUAAUGGUGUCUGAAAUCAAUUUCAUUAGUGAAAUUAACAGCAAAUUAAUGAAUUGGAAGUUAAAGGUUCGUAUUGUGAGGCUUUGGAAAAAUCCGGACCGCGACAGGCCUGACAACCCCUUUUCCAUUGAGAUUGUUCUGAUGAAUGAAAAGGGCGACCGCAUUCACGCAAGUAUUGGCAGGUCUUUUAUUCAAAGGUUCAAACAAGAAAUUGAGGAAAUGGGUUUGUACCUCAUGAACAAUUUUGUGGUUUGUUCAAAUAAUAUGAAGCUUAAGACCAAAGACCACAAGUUUAAGUUGAUGUUCACGCAUAAGACCACUGUUGACGAAAUACAUGAUCCACAAUUCAACAUGUGUAUUUUCAAAUUUAGAACCUAUGAGCAGCUGUCAAAUCCCCAAGAAUUUGACAAUACUGAGUUAUUUGAUGUCAUUGGCGAAGUUGUGAGUUAUGAGGACGUACAAUCUAUCAAGCAAGAUGAUAACAUCCGUAUGUACAUGAAUAUUGAGAUACAAGAUUAUGAGCAAGCUAGCCACAAUUUAUUCAACAUUAAGCCAUAUUUGAAUGGAUCCAAUGAUAAGCCUGUUGUCGUCGUCAUGCAAUUGCGUGCAGAACAAUAUUCGGUGAGGAACACUUGGCAUGCGUCGAAGCUUUGGAUCAAUUCAAAUCUUCCUCAAGUUGUUGACUUUUGCUCCAGAAUGGUUUCUGUGCGUAGAGAAAGCUCACAAAGAAUUACUCAAAUUUCAUCUCAGAAAACUCACUCUGUUGCUAAUAAGCUAGCAUCUGGAAGUAUUGAAGUUAAAAAUGUUGAGGAUUUGAGUGACUGUAACCAUCUAGGAAAUUAUUGGGUUGUAGCAACUAUUAUACACGUUGAAUUAGACCGUGGAUGGUGCUAUUUAGCAUGCAAAAAUUGCUCAAAGAAACUAGAAAAAGCGGGGAAUAAAUUCUAUUGUAAAAAAUGCGAGCAGAUUCAAUCUGCCACUCAUAGGUACAGGCUACAAGUUAAAGUGAUGGAUUGCACCGGCACAAUUUCUUUGCUGUUAUGGGAUAAGGAUGCAACUAAGAUUAUCGGAAAGUCAGCAAAUGAUUUAAAGGAUGUUGUAUUUGAGACUUCUGGUGCUGCAGACGACUCUUCAUGUCCAAUGGAGAUAGAAAAUAUUGUUGAAAAAGGGUCAUGUUUAAAGUUGAGGUUAACAGUUCCAACAAUCAGAAUAAAGAUGUAGUCUUAAGAGUUGUUACACUUACUGACGACGAGAAAAUUAUAAAGAAAUAUAUUCCUUCUCCACAAGAAGAGACGUUCAAAGAUCCAGAUUUCAAUAACAACGAAGUCAUUCAGGAAGAUAACGAAAUUACGGUGAUUUUACAACUCAUUAUAAAUAUUAUUUUACAUAAUUCAUUCUUUUAAUUUAAUGAUUUGC